GUGACUUGAUUUCCCUCGCCGCGUCCGUCGGUAUUGUUGUGUUGGGUGCUGGCGUUAGGCGGUUGUCAGGGAAAGCGGAAGUAGCUUAGCUAACUUGACUAGUUAGCUUGUCGACUUGCCCGGACUCUGGCGGUUAUUGACAACUUUUCCCACAAUGCCGCAGAAUAUCGAGCUCGGUGCCACGGGAGGAGCGUCCAAACAGGACAUGAACAUGGACAACAUGACAGUGGAGCAGAUCGCCGCCAGGGCCAACCAAGUGACCGAUGAGUCGCUGGAAAGCACGCGCAGGAUGCUGCAGAUGGCGGAGGAGAGCAAGGAGACGGGCGUCAAAACCAUGGUGAUGUUGGACCAGCAAGGAGAGCAGCUGAGCCGCGUGGAGGACGGCAUGGAGCAGAUCAACCAGGACAUGAGGUUGGCCGAGAAAAACCUGUCUGACCUCUCCAAGUGCUGCGGACUCUGCAUCUGCCCGUGUAGCAAGGUGACCUCCAUCGAGAACGACUCGCGAUACAAGCGCACGUGGGCCACCGGAGGAGGCGACGCCGACAGCCACGCGGACGGGUCCAAGGUGGUGUCGAGGCAGCCGUCGGCCGUGCGUAACGGUCAGGCGGGUCAGGUCAACGCCCCACCGGCCUCCGGCCCGUACAUCAAGAGGAUAACCAACGACGCCCGCGAGGACGAGAUGGAGGAAAACCUGGACGCUGUCGGCGGCAUCAUCGGCAACCUGAAGACCAUGGCGAUGGACAUGGGCACUGAGAUCGACAAGCAAAACACUCAGAUUGAUCGCAUCACUGACAAGGCGGACAUGAACAAGCUGCGCAUCGAUGAAGCCAACACGAGAGCCACCAAGCUCCUCAACUAAAGAACAGCUGGUGCACACACACACACACACACACACACACACACACACACACACACACACACACACACACACACACACACACAUGCGCACGCUACUGGAAGAAUAGAGAACAAGUUACUGGACAAGUCAAAGGUAUUCACCCGCCUUCUCCUUCAUACAAUGACAAAGUGCCUACGUGUGUUUAUGAAUUAGGACGUCCUUACAUUUGGACACGCAGCGUCUAAGCGCAAAGGUCAAAGGUCACACUGCCUUUCGCCCCUCGAUACCAAAAAUGAACAACUCCACGUCCGCAUGUCGAACGUCAAAUCCUAAUUAAGGCCGUGAAAUGUGUCCUGCUCCCGUUGGUCAGUGUGUAAUUAUUAUUAUUAUUGUGUAUAAUUUACUAUUUAAUUCAGCUGUGAAUAAACAUUCUCUUUUUAUUUGUUGACUUCUAAAUAUAUUUCAUUGAAGUUGAAGCCCCCCCACGUUGUGCUGCAAUGUCAUGUAAAUAUAGUCGGCAGCUAGCGUGCUAGCAUUCGUGUAAAUAAGUUCACAAGCUGCACAAAGUUUAAACAAAACAACAUUUUCCUUUUGUAUUUUGUUUCCUUUUGUCUAAAGGGUUGUGGUCAAUAAAGCUAUCAGAGCGA